AUGUCUCAACAUGUAUCGAACGAUGUUUCUACGUUUUCUAUCAGUCGUGGAAACAAUGAUUUAAGCCAAUCCAGUUUUCAAGAACUAAUGCAAAUGGACAAAGAUGAUCCAGAGUUGAACGACGAUGUUGUGUUUUUGGGACCAAACGAGGCACCUGUUAUUUUUGAACUUGGAGAUGAAUAUGAGUCGUUUGCAAAUACAUUUUUGGCGAAUAAAGACGAUCUAUUCUCCAGCGAGGGAUUACUGACAAGCUUUUGUAAGCUUUGCGAAGAAAAGUAUUUAAAAGCGUGUAAAGAAGAAGACGAAGAAUUAAUGGAUCAUUGGGGUUUGGAAUUACGCACUUGGGAUUUGAUACAGAGAAUCUAUUUGUUUCGAAGUUCAGCACAAGACGAGUCUAUUUCUUCACAUAUGUUUUCUUCCAUAGCUGUUUUGGAAGAAGAAUUCUACUCCAAACAUCCUGCUGCAUUUGAAAAUCAUUUGGUAUUCAAUUGGUUACGCGAUAGUCCUGUUCAAGAGCCUGACAUCGAAAUCCGAGGUAACCGUUGGUUUUAUACUCGUGAAAAUAUCAAGAAAAAUACCCGGAAACACUCCAAUUUUAUUUUAGAUAAGAAAGAUGAGUCUAACGUCUCAAAUUUGGAUCCAGAUGCAGACAUUCGCGAUGAGCGCCGCCUUGACGAAAAAGACGAUAACUAUGAUCGCCAAUUUAUACGCGCUGCAUUCUCGCUUUAUCGGGCUGGUGAUUUUGAAGGACUUUUGGAUUUGUGUAGGAAAAGUGGAAAUUAUUGGCGUUCCGCUUCUCUGCAAGGUGCGUUUGAAUAUCGUAACAGCGUAAUAGAUGAAGCCCUGCACACCGAAACUUUAGGUAAUAAAAGAAAAGAACUAUGGAGACGUGCAUGUUUUGCUUUAACAAAAAACAAGCGCACCGAUGCUUAUGAGCGUGCUCUGUAUGGCGCACUCUGUGGUGAUUUAAAAUCCGUCUUGAAUGUCUGCACAUCCUGGGAGGAUGCUCUAUGGGCAUACUACAACAGUAUGAAUCAGUAUAACUUGGACGUAUAUCUUUCUGAUAAAAUACCUCAACCAGAUACUCACUUGCCCCCUAUUGAUAGCGGAAUCGGGUUGAGUCCAGAAACUAUAUUUGAAGCUUUGGAUCAAUAUCCUUUAGAAGAAAUCCGGAACUCAGCUGCUCAUCCACUGAGAAGAUUACAAGCUUAUACUAUUUUGAAUCAAGUUGAUAGACUAUUUACACUAGCUCACGAACAGCUAGAGGCUGUACGAGCUGGAAAUACCGAAGGCAUUUUGGAACUUACUAGUCCCUCAAGCCUUCGAAUUAUGGUUCACCAGCUUCUUUUUAUGCAGAUUGCUGGCAUACAUGUUGAUGCUUAUAUUUCGGAUUCUAUAAUCCAAUCGUAUAUUGAGCUGCUAGCCAGUGCAAAGAAGAAUUCCUUGGUUCCCCUGUACAUUCCCUUCCUUUCCGAUCACGUUCAGUAUGAAGCAUACGCUCGCUUUUUGAGCUUUAUAGAAGAUGCAAAUUCACGACUUGAGCAGCUCAAGCUCGCGAAAAAGUUUCAGUUGGAUAUUGAUAGGGCAGCUUUGAUGAGUGUCUCACUUGCUUUUGAUGAAUUUGCCCGUGAUGCUGAACCGUUACUUGAAAUUAAUUUAAAAACACUAGACGACCCGGUACCCUUGGUUUAUACGAAGUUUAUAUCCACUCUAGAAUGGUUAAUAAUAACUUGCCAAUCUGACGAUUUGUUAGUGUACGCAAAUUAUGCCUUCCGGUUUUUCUUAUCUAAGGGAGAACUAAAUUCUGCAUAUUUAUUGUACACCCGUCUUCCAGCCGAAACACUUGAUGUUUUAACCCCAGGUGAAAUACCUGCCGAUAAAAGUUCAAAAGUUCAAACAGCGUAUGAGUUCAUGAGUUAUCGUGCCUUGUGUCGAGCUUUUCAAGUGCAUGAAGAAUGGAAUAAAUUAAUGUAUGAACCAAUUUUGAAUGAUACCUCUACAACAAAAGCCAGUGUUGCUUACAAGGAAUGGAAAAAGUCUCUUACACUUACAUCACACAGAUGUAUAAAGCUGUUUAAUGAGCUUCUUCGAGCGAAUGUCCUUCAUCCAUCAACUAUGGAGUUAAAUGAAGAUGAAGAAAAAGAGCUCUGUAGUAAAUUGUACCGCAUUCGAAAUAUAUAUAUCCCCGAAAUUAUUUUGAAUCUUCACAAUGUUUACUUUCAUAACGAAGAUUAUAAUGGCUGCUUUACUCUUGCGAAUGAGGUAGCAGGAGAGGAUCUUAAGCUCUAUCACUGUCUUCUUGAAAGCGGAAGAAUUGAAGAGUAUGCAGCUGGCUUGGCUAUUGUGGGAGAGUACAGUCUUUCUUCUCCUGAAGGAAUCUUUAGCAUUUAA